UCCUCCUCCUCCUCCUGUUUGCACGGAAGGCAAGCGCGCUUUUCUCUGCGCCCCCCCCAUCCCCGGCCGCCUCUCCAACGAUGCUGCCCCGCAGUCGCCUCCGGCCAGCCUGAGCGCCCUUGGCUCGGCUCGGCUCGGUUCGGUUCGGUGCUCCUGCAAGGGGGGCUCGGCGCGAGGAGGAAGAGGAGGAGGCGGCGGCGAAGAAGAAGAAGAAGAAGAAGGCUGCACCAUGCGGAAAAGAGGCAGCGCGCCUCCACGCCGCCGGUGACCCCGGCCCGGGGCUGAGCGGAGGCUUGGGGCUGGGGGGCGGCCGGGCCGCUGCGGGUCUCUUCGCCCGCCAGGCCCGCAGCGCAGCGCUGCGCCGCCCCUUGCGCGCCCCUCGGCUCUCCCCGCCGCUGCGGCACUUCCACCAUGCUGCGCCGCCAGCUGCACCGCUUCUUCGCUGGGGAAGAAAAGCGUGUUGGGACUCGGACUGUAGUGGUUGGUCACCACUUAAUUCCUCAUAUUGAAGCUUAUGUGCCCCAAAAGUUCUGCUCCAAUCAAAUUGUCUCCUCCAAGUACACAGUCUGGAAUUUUCUUCCCAAGAAUCUGUUCGAACAGUUCCGAAGAAUUGCCAAUUUCUACUUUCUUGUCAUCUUCCUUGUCCAGGUGAUCGUGGACACACCAACCAGCCCAGUGACAAGCGGCCUUCCUCUCUUCUUUGUGAUUACGAUUACAGCUGUUAAACAGGGAUAUGAGGACUGGCUGCGGCACCGAGCGGACAAGGAAGUCAACAAAAGUGUAGUCUUUGUGAUUGAAAAUGGAGAAAGUGUGAAGAAGGAGUGUGACAAGAUCAAGGUUGGCGACAUAGUAGAAGUGCCGGCAGAUGAAACUUUUCCGUGUGAUCUAGUUUUACUGGCCUCAAGUAACAAAGAAGGGACCUGCUACGUCACGACUGCCAGUCUAGAUGGAGAAUCAAAUCACAAGACUCACUAUGCCGUGCACGAUACAGCCAAGAUGAAUACAGUCGAAGCCAUGAAUCGUUUGGUUGCCACUGUUGAAUGCGAACAGCCCCAGCCAGAUUUGUACAGGUUUGUGGGCAGGAUUAACAUCUACACGGAUGAACCAGAACCAUUAGCCAGGCCGUUGGGUCCCGAGAACCUUUUGCUGAAAGGAGCAAAAUUGAAAAACACACCAAAGAUUUAUGGAGUCGCUGUAUAUACUGGGAUGGAAACCAAGAUGGCGUUGAACUACCAAGGGAAGACUCAGAAACGCUCUGCGGUUGAAAAGUCGAUCAAUAUAUUCCUGUUGUUCUACUUAUGCCUGCUGGUGAGCAAAGCUAUCAUAUGUACUACUUUGAAAUACGUCUGGCAGAGUGUCCCAUAUCACGACGAACCCUGGUACAACCCCAAAACCCAAAAAGAGAGAGAAGCCUUCAAGCUGCUAAAGAUGUUCACCGAUUUCCUGUCCUUCAUGGUCCUCUUCAACUUCAUUAUCCCGGUCUCCAUGUAUGUCACUGUCGAGAUGCAGAAAUUUCUAGGCUCCUUCUUCAUUACCUGGGACAAAGAGAUGUACGAUGAAAAUAUCGAAGAAGGCGCGUUGGUGAACACCUCUGACCUCAACGAAGAACUUGGACAGGUUGAAUAUGUGUUUUCGGAUAAAACGGGGACUUUAACAGAAAACACCAUGGAAUUCAUUGAGUGCAGCAUUGACGGCUACCGUUACUGCGACUCCUUUUCACAAGUGGAUUCAAAGAAGUCUACAGGAAAAGCAGACAGGAGACAAGAAGAACUGUUCCUUCGAGCAUUGUGUCUCUGCCAUACGGUUCAAGUCCAGCAAAAAGACGAAGUCGAUGCAGUAACAUUGCAGCCCAAAACGAAACGAAUCUACGUUGCAGCUUCUCCGGAUGAAGUGGCUUUGCUACAGGGGGCUCAAAAGUAUGGUUUCACUUUUCUAGGACAAGAAAAUAACUUCAUGACGGUAGAGAAUUCCCAAAAGCAAAUUGAGAGAUAUGAACUUCUGAAUGUCCUUGAUUUUGACUGUGUCCGUCGCCGGAUGAGCGUUAUCGUGAAGAUGCCGGAUGGAAGGAUAUACCUGUUUUGCAAAGGAGCAGAUUCUUCAAUUUUCCCAAGGGUCCCUGAGGCUGAAGCACAAAGGACAAAAGCCCAUGUGGAACAGAAUGCAGUGGAUGGAUAUCGGACACUCUGUGUGGCCUACAAAGAAAUAUCUGCUGCGGUCUACAAGGUUCUAGAGGCCCAGAUUAAGGAAGCCACCGUGGCCCUACACAACCGAGAAGCCAGGAUGGCCAAAGUCUUUGAUGAUAUUGAGAAGGACAUGCGUCUGAUUGGCUCCACUGCUGUAGAAGACAAACUCCAGGAUUUUGCAGCUGAAACCAUCGAGGCCCUCCACGCGGCAGGCAUGAAGAUCUGGGUUCUGACGGGGGACAAGCUGGAGACGGCCCAAGCCACCUGCUACGCGAGUCGCCUCUUCCACACCAACACGGAGCUGCUGCUGCUGACGGCAAAAACGGUGGAGGAAGGAGACAGGAAAAUGGAGCAGCUUCACGAACUGCUGAUGGAAUACCACAAAAAGUUGGUGACCGACGCGCCCCAAGGGAAGAAAAACUGGGCAUUGGGUUCCGACUAUGGACUGGUCAUUGAGGGGGCUACCCUUUCCCUGAUCAUGAACCCUUCGCAAGAUUCCAACUUCUCCCAUUACAAGAACAUCUUCCUUCAGAUCUGCCUGAAGUGCACCGCCAUCUUGUGCUGCCGGAUGGCCCCGUUGCAAAAGGCUCAGAUUGUCCGCAUGGUGAAGAAUUCCAAAGGCAGUCCCAUCACGCUGGCUGUUGGAGAUGGCGCCAAUGACGUCAGCAUGAUUUUGGAAGCUCACGUGGGCAUCGGUAUCAAGGGGAAAGAGGGACGCCAAGCUGCCCGGAACAGCGACUAUGCCAUCCCCAAGUUUAAACACUUGAAAAGAUUGCUCUUGGGUCACGGGCAUUUGUAUUAUGUCCGAAUAUCCCAUCUUGUACAGUAUUUCUUCUAUAAGAACCUUUGCUUUAUUUUCCCACAGUUUUUAUAUCAGUUUUUCUGUGGCUUUUCACAGCAGCCUCUCUAUGAUGCGGCUUACCUGACUAUGUUCAACAUCUGCUUCACCUCUCUGCCAAUAGUGGCCUACAGUCUCCUGGAACAACAUGUCCCUAUUGAUGUAUUGAUGACUUUCCCAAAGUUGUAUCUGAAUGUUUCUGACAACGCUAUGCUCCAGUUGAAGCCUUUUGUCUACUGGACCUUCCUGGGCCUUUUUGACGGUUGCGUCUUUUUUUUUGGUGCUUACUUCCUUUUUCAAUCUGCCUCUAUAGAGGACAAUGGAAAGAUGGCAGGACUCUGGACAUUUGGGACAAUGGUUUUCACUGUCUUGGUAUUCACAGUCACACUAAAGCUGGCAUUAGAUACUCGGUUCUGGACAUGGAUGAACCAUUUUGUCAUCUGGGGCUCCUUGAUUUUCUAUGUCUUUUUCUCCUUCUUCUGGGGAGGCAUCAUUUGGCCUUUCUUGAAGCAACAAAGGAUGCAUCACGUUUUCGCCCAGCUGCUGUCCUUCGCCUCUUCCUGGCUGGCGAUUUUUUGCCUGAUCUUCAUCUCCCUCCUUCCCGAGGUCAUCGGCCUCGUAUUUAGACACCUGAAAAGGAGAAGCAGCGAGCCCAUCCCUUCGGAGUUACCGAUGCUGGUGUCAUACAAGCAGCUAGAGAACAGCCAUUCCGCAGAAGUGAAAUCUCGAGAGACCCUCACUCACCUGGCUGAAUGCCAUCUCAGGAUAUUUCAAAUGCAACGAUUAUAAUUCUGCUUUUUUUUUUUGUGAUGCAAAGAGUCAUGGUCCAUCCUACCCGAAAGGAAGACGAUGCCAUUUCAAAAAAGAAAAAAAGAAAAAGGCACAUGGAUUUGUUCUGCCUUUUAAAAAAAAAAAAACGGUGCAGAAUCUGGAAGACCUGUGGUUGAUCUCUAUCUCUCUCUCCCUCCCUCCCUCCCCACCACCACUCCAUCCUCAUCGUCAUGUCAGCCCCGAGCACCCCAAGUGUCCAUUUGGAUCAUGAAGAAUCAAGAGAGAUCUGGGACCUUUGGAACGAAGGACGCAGCUUCUGUUUUGCAACGAGUUGUCGGGCGAGGCAGGGAAAAAAAAAAGACAAUUUUCUAGCUGUGGGCUUUUUCUUCUGAACCAGUAAAAAGAGCACAGAUUUUAAUUCUCACUUCGCAAGCAUCAAGUGGGACUAUGUCUCUCGUCUAGCCUGCUUCCUUGCAGCCCCCCCCUCCCUGCAGCAUUUCCAUUCUUUGACCAACAAAAUAAGGUCAUGAAAUACUACGUCUUAUUUUCUUCCUCCUAACCAAUUCAGCGGUUCGAUUAAGGAAAUGAGGGAUGGACGUGUUGGCUGCUAACUCAACUUUCUCCGCAGGGCACCAACGAGGAUGUCAUAAAAGCCACUUUUUUAAUACAAAAAAAAAAAACCACCCCAUACACAAUGGGGAAAACUCAGAAAGCUGAUGAGAUGCACCGAAAGUUCUCCUCUUUUGAAAUGCAAUCCUUCCUCUGGCUUGAAGCUUUCACACAAUCCAAGUCAAGGUCCAUUUAAGAGUCAAAAGUGCCUGGGCUUCAACCCUCUCUCUCUCUCUCUCUCUCUUUUUUUUUUUUUUUACCCACUGGACUAUCCUGGUUUUGUGGAACACUGGAAGAACUUUUGGGAUGUAGAACAUCACGAAUGCAAGACUUGGCCAGUGGUAGAUGGCCAGUGGGUUUGUCAUCUUUUGCUGUGCAAAUUCUGUUCCCUUCUAAAACUUGUGGGAGGUUCCGAUAAAGCAAUACAUUUUGGAUAAGUUAGCACAUUGCUUUGCAAAACAUCUGGGCUCCUCAACUUCAACGUUUUGUCACCGUUUAGUGUGAAAAAUUGACCAAGGGUGACGUUCCUAAAGGUACCCCCAUUUUUCUAAGACUUUGCUCAGAAGGAAAGAAUCAGGUGAUUUAUUUGGUCACCCGCGUGAGACAAUAUGGUUGAUAAGAGGAGUUGUGUUAAACCCAAACAACCCUGCUUUCGUUUGGACCUCCCUGGAAUCAUCUUUUCAUCCCCCUUAAUCUCCGUUCAUCCAUCCCCCCUUUAAUCUCCGUUCAUUCAUCUCCCUUAAUCUUUGGAUUAGAGCAUUCACCUGUUUCCUGCAAUCCAGUUUGGGCAGCUUAAUCAAGACCAACCCGGUUGAUUUAUUUUUUUUUCUCUCCAAGGCAUGUCACAUCUGAACAAGCCAUCUUUACACAAUCCUUUUUAAGGUGCCCUGUAAAACCGUUGGGUGCACCUAAAACAACAACACAAAAUCCCUAUUUGCAUGGACCGAGCAGCAAAGCAUGUAUCCACAGGCAAAUUGGCAGAAUCCUUUGCAGCAUGACAAAAAAAAAAAAAAAACAACAAACCAACAACCCUCCUUCUGACAUCCAUGGUGGCACGUGGAAUUUUCUCAAAAGUGUUUCUUGGCCACGAGAGCCGUGGUGGAAGGGAGAUCUAAACUGGAUUUCGAAGGAGAGUUGACGCUUGGAUGUGUAGACGCAGUUCUUCCCCCAGCAAAGCAAGGCUGAGAAAGAUACUCAGAAGUGUGUUGGUAGUAGGACACAGACAGAGGAAGGUCUGUGUAGCCCUUUAGAACAAAGGAUGUGAUAAAUUACUAGGGGUGUCUUUAACGCAGAUACUUAUGGUUGAGAUGGAGGCAAAAUGAACUAUUUUUCUGCCGCCACCUCCCUUCAGAAACAAAAUACACCCAACUGCUACCAUCCAAGAGCAAUCUCAUUUUCAGCGUGCUGACAAAUAAGCUGCAUUUUUUCCCCCAACCUUGCAAAAGGCUAUCAAGCUAAGAACAACCUGUUGUCUUAUUUUUUUAUUUUUAUUUUUUGCAAAGGAACAAUGGAGACCUGAACCUGAGUCCAAAUAGCUCUUUUUUUAAAAGGGGGGGGGAGGAAAAAGCUUGCAGGAUGUCAGCUAACCACAUUUUUUUCCAACUUAAAAAAAAAGGAGGGGGAAAACUUGGUUGGUCUUCUUGAUUGUUUAUAUGAUUCCCUGAUGCUUUUUGUAACCGAAAACCACUCCUGCGUCCAUUUUUAAUUGGGCAACAGGAGGGAAGUGUGUCAUCGUUGUUGUUGUUUUAAUAACACCAACAAUAAUACUUGGGAGUUUGAGAAUUAGCUUUUCGUUCAAACGAAGCCAGGAGAAAUUGCUCAUUCGGUUGCCAUUGUAGUUGUCUUCCUAGCCAAAAAAGAGAUGGGUCAAAAAUAGAAAGGCGUUUUUCCCAGACAAAAAAAAUAAAAAUAAAAAUAUAUGCAAUUAUAUAGUUUUUAAAACCACGACCUCUGGAUGAAAAACCUGCCCAUCUCUUUGGGGAAACACUGGCAUUUUUAUUUUAUUUUUUUUGCUUUAUUCUGGUCCAGCUAGAAUUUUGCUGUUUGCCACUAAAAGAAACAUCACGGCAAACAUAAUCAUCAUUCCAAACCCCACUCCCCUCCUUUUUUUUUUAAACAAAAUAGGAAAGCUGGUUUCAAUCGAAGCUUGUAAUUCAUCCAGAUAACAAACCGUGUUGAAGAUUGGGUGGUGGCGUGGGAGAAGAUGCUCCUUCUGACUUGGCACAAUCGGGGACGAUUCUGUCACCUCCAAUAUGGGUUGCACUGACUUUUCUGCCCUAAAGUUAAAUAAUGAAGUUUGCUUGGGGUGUGAAUUCUGCUCUUCUGUGCCGGUUUGUUGGUUAACUGAAGGUUGUAUAUCCUGGUAAGCUAUCAUAACCAUAAAUUCAGCCGUGUAUCAGUGCCUCUGUAGGCUCAAGAUACUAGUUCUCAGUUUGAUAGUAAUCAGCUGACAAAACCAGCAAUGGAUCUUUGCAAACUGGAAAGCAGAAGGAAGAAUUAUAUAAAUAUACAUAUAUGUAUUACAAACUAUUUUAAAAAUACGAGUUCCAGGUAUAUUAGUAAAAAAAGAAGCAGACAUACUGCGAACUCCGGAACUUAAUUUUUUUUUUUUUUACAUAUAUGUAUAUGUAUAUAAGAAAGAGGAUGUGUAUAUAUGGAGAGCAGUCAGAACUGGGGUGUAAACAUUCUAUAAAGAUUUUAAGGUGCAUUUUUCAGCUUGCAAAAAAAAAAAAACCAAUCCGGGACUACGUUAAUCACUUCAACUGUGAUUUUAUAUCUUCAUGUUGCUUUAUAUACAAUAAUCGUGGAAUGUUAAAUUUUAUGAAUGCAAAUCGGCUCUUUUUUCAUUACAAUUUUUUUGAGUUUUCUUUUGAAAUGAUCAAUAAACUUUGGUAUGUUCUGAU